ACAGAAAAUAAUCAUUCUCGUUCAGUAAAAAAGCAGAUAGCGAAUACAUAGGGACGACGUGUUUUUAUUUUCACCGAACAUUCGAACGUGGAUCAGUCUCGUCUGUGUUUUCAUAACAGCAAGCGACUGUUAAAAAUAGUUUCCGUGGUUCCCUCAACAUAUUAGAAUAGAGAUAGAUAAUUAACGUAAUUUACAAUCAACAAUUUUUUUUGUUUUGUUCUCUUAAAAGAAAUGAUUCAUUCAUUGAGUGCAAGGUCUAUGAUGUUACGGACAUGCAUAGAGAGGAUUUCUAAAUCAACAGUUUAUUUAUCAUCGGUGAAAUGCAUGUCAAGUUCGACGGAAAAUAUUGUUAAAUCAUCGUAUCCAGAUGUCGAGAUAUCGAAACUGAGUUUAGCCAAUUAUAUAUUGGAAAAUGUUAAAGACAACGUUGAUAAGCCGGCAGUUACUUGUGGAGCGUCAGGCCGAACAUACAAGUAUGGAGAGAUUCAAUUUAUGUCCGAUCGAUUGGCCAAAGCGUACCUGGCGAUACGGGCCUGUAAUUUGAAGAAAAAUGACACGAUUGGAGUGCUAUUGCCAAACAUACCGGAAUUCGUACCUGCGGUACUGGGUGCCAACAAGGCUGGCCUCCGCAUAACCUUUGCCAACCCACUUUAUACACCAGAGGAAAUAUGUCGACAAUUCGAGAUUGCCAAUGUUAAAAUGAUGGUCACAAUACCACAACUACUUCCGGUUUCGAACUAUUUGAGAGCAAACUUGGCCUGCUAUCGUGGAACUAUUAGUAUCGGAGGCAGUGACGAUCGCGACAACAACGUUUUCAACUUCCAUUCCCUCAUCAAAACUGAACAUGAGAGUGAUCUGCCAACAGUCAGCCCGAAAGAUAUUGCAAUCGUACCAUUUUCGUCCGGAACCAGUGGUCUGCCGAAAGGCGUUCUCCUGUCCAAUGAGAAUUGUGUCGCAAACUUAUGCCAACUUGUAACACCCGCUUUCAGCAGAUAUUCGAAUCCAAUAGAGCGUGGCAACAAUAAUGUUCUGUCCAUUCCGCCAUUUUUCCACAUCUACGGCUUUAACGGAAUUUUGAAUUUAUCCCUGCGCAGUGGAUGUAAUCUCGUCAGCAUACCGAAAUUUACGCCGGAAGAUUACAUUAAAUCAUUGAUCACAUAUAAACCGUCCGUUCUGUUCUUAGUACCGUCACUAAUGCUCUUCCUAGCGUCACAUCCUUCAGUGACCAAACAAAUGCUCGAGCCAGUAUGCGAAGUUUUAGUUGGAGCUGCCGCUGCCACUCCACAAUUGCAAGAAAAAUUCAGAAGUAAGUGCGCAGCUGAUAUAUCAAUCCGACAAGGAUAUGGUAUGACCGAAUCAUCACCUGUAACACUGCUGACCCCGUGGAAAGGAAAUAACACCAAGAGUGGCUCAUGCGGACAGCUCGUACCCAAUACAGAGGCGAGAAUUGUUUCUACUACCGAUGGAACUUCAUUGGGAGCAGGUGAAGACAAGACUGGUGAAUUACAGUUUAGAGGACCUCAGGUCAUGCAAGGAUAUUUGAAUAACGAAGCGGCGACCAACGAAACGUUAGAUAAAGAUGGCUGGCUCAAAACCGGUGAUAUUGGGUACUACGACUCUGAUUACUACUUCUAUAUCGUCGACCGAACCAAAGAACUGAUCAAAGUCAAAGGAAUGCAAGUCUCGCCAACGGAACUGGAAAAUAUUAUUACCGAGAUCGAUGGUAUUGCUGAUGUGGCUGUGGGCGGAAUAAAAAACGAAUUUUCUGGUGAGGUUCCGCGGGCUUAUGUGGUUCUUAAGCCGAAUAGCCAAUUGAGUGGAAACGAUAUCAUUGCUCAUGUGCAGGAGAAGUGCAUUAAGUAUAAGUGGUUAGAAGGAGGUGUUAAAUUUGUUAGAGCGAUUCCGCGUAAUCCGAGUGGUAAAAUUUUACGAAAAGAUUUGCAAUCUCUUGGGUAAAAUAUAAUGAACAAUAAAAAACCGACUGCAA